CGGAUAGGCGCGAUUUUGAAAACAGUGAAUAACAGGAGGACAACAAAAUAUGCUUCAAAGUACACAAACUACACGGAAAAUAUUCCUAUUACAGAAUGGUCACCUAGGAUAACUGACUGUGGUUCGGGAAGAUAAUAGAUCUAACGGGAUAACCAACCAUGACGGAAAAUAUCGAGGAUUAUCAAGUCUUGAACCUCCUUGGCAAAGGGGGUUUUGCAUGUGUCUACCGUGCAAGAUCCAAUAAGACAGGACAAGAAGUAGCCAUAAAAAUGAUUGAUAAGAAAUUAAUGAAAGCUGCCAACAUGGUUGUAAGGGUUCGAAAAGAAGUAGAAAUUCACUCAAGAUUAAAGCAUCCAGCAGUAUUGGAGCUAUACAACUACUUCGAGGACAGCAACUAUGUGUAUCUGGUGCUGGAGAUCUGCCACAAUGGGGAACUACAAAGAUAUCUCAAAACUAACUGUAAAGUGCUCACAGAAGAUGAAGCUCGUCACUUCAUGAAGCAGAUUGUUGAGGGGAUGCUGUACCUGCACUCACAUGGCAUCCUCCACAGGGAUCUCACACUGUCAAAUCUACUCCUCUCCAAGGACAUGAAUGUUAAAAUAGGAGAUUUCGGAUUGGCAACACAGCUGAGUGUUCCGGAUGAGAAGCAUUUCACGAUGUGUGGCACACCGAACUACAUCUCCCCAGAGGUGGCAAUGAGGUCAGCACAUGGCCUGGAAGCGGAUGUUUGGUCCCUGGGCUGCAUGUUGUACACGUUCCUUGUGGGUCAGCCACCAUUUGACACAGAUGCUGUAAAGAAGACGCUGAAUCGUGUAAUAUCAGCAGAGUAUGAUCUGCCAGAACACCUGUCUCGGGAAGCAAGGGAUCUCAUUCAGGGACUGUUACGCAAAAAUCCCAAAGAACGAAUCCCUAUCCGAGAUCUCUUAAGUCAUCCUUUCAUGACCAACAGUUCUUCAGGCAGCAGGAAAAUUGCCCACAAGUGCCCGGAAGUGUCGAUGGACAGUGGUCGUGGGACAAUGGCUACUGUAAUGUCAGGGAGAUCAGGUUUGUCAAGUAGCCGUAAACCGAUGCCAGCAUUCCCCAUCAAGGAUAUCAAAUCUCAGAUCAUGGAGGAUGAAGAGCGCUGUGGCAAUGGCCACUACAGCAACGUCUCAGACAGUGGGAGUUACACCAGUGGUGGUCAUCAGCAGCUGCUGGGCGGUCAGUCAGCUCACCAGCGUCAUCCCCCUUCACCCCCAGUCAGGCUUCGAGACAGUGAGCGAGAGGCCGAGCUAUACCAGGCUCGUCAGAGCAACCUUGCUAGUCAGCACCGAGUGUUGAGUCACCCACACCACACAGACAAACCUAUCAUCAGGAAGUACAGCUCCCAAGAAAACAUGUUAGACUAUUCCAAGAGACACAAAGACAAUGUGUUGCCAACCAAGACCCCUGUGCCCCACCUGUUUGACCCCACCCGUUACCAGGAAGGAUCCCAGACUAACAGUUCUUCCACUUGGUCUUGCGCCUCCUUCCACAGCUCCAGCACAGGAAGGAUCCCGGCCAGUCCAGGGCUCCGAGGACUCUCUGACACCUGCAGCAGUGCCGAUAUUGCACAGUCAGUUAAACCAUAUCUCAGUGCUGGAUCCGACUCUUCAUCUCAUGAUGGAGACUUCAGUUUACAGAACACAAAACGAGUGUUGACGUUUGACUCAAAACCUGGGAGUUUGCAUGAACCUGAGAAUGUUUCUUCAAGUCAUGGUUCUCAGGGCAUGUGUGUUCAAAAUGUUCAGAGUCCGUACUCGAGGUCAGCUUCUGUGGAGGAGAAGCUCUCCCAUAUGCCCAAUUUGCACGGACCUGUGGAGUUUUCAUCCCCUUACGGACAGAGGGUUCACAUUUCGGAGAAGGAGGUGAAUGCGUGUGUUAAAUCUCAGUCGAUGCAAGAUCUUGUUGGUCCGCGAGGGGAUUCACAUCGAUAUGGGGAGAGGAGUGAAAAGAAGGAUCGACACAGUCCAGAGAUGGUCUCACAACUUAAUGCUCAGCGAUCACGUCCUAUCAGGCAGAAGACAAAGAAUGCUAUUGUGAAUAUUCUGGAGACAGGGGAAGUGUGCCUUGAAUUCCUGAAGAACAAGAACAAGAUGGAGAAAGUGGUUGAGGUCUUCUCUAUUUCAGCAGAUGGCAGUCAGGUCAGUGUGUACCAACCUAAUGAGGGCCAUGGAGUUGUAGUCACAGACCGACCGCCAUCACCAGAUGAUGAAAUGCUCAAAACAUUUGCAUAUGGGUCAAUGCCAGAAAAGUUUUACAAGAAAUACCAGUAUGCUACAAGGUUUGUGAACCUCGUCCGGUCCAAGACCCCGAAGGUGACAAUGUACACUCACCGAGCCAAGUGUAUGCUGAUGGAGAAUGCUCCUGACGCAGACUUUGAAGCUGUGUUUUAUGAUGGUGCUAAGUUCACAGCCAGCAGUAAGGGUAUGAGGAUCAUUGAGAGGGAUGGCACCUCACUAGCCCUGGAGUCACAGGCCAUGGAGCAACACCUCAGUUGUGACACAAAGGACUUACUGGUGUAUGUCAAACAGUGUCAGACACAGUGCAUGGAGCUGGAGUCAGUGAUCAGCAGCCUGCAGAGCACGGGAUGUGGCAGACCAUUUGUUCCCGUCAUUGUAGGGAGACGCCCACACUCUGGUCUGGGGGACAUCAGCAAGUCCAGUGACAACACAUCUGAUACCAGAUCUUCUCAAGACCAUGACACAACCAAGUGUUCUCAGAUGAAGUCACCACCCAUGAUGACAUCGUUUGAUGGAACAGUUGUAAGUGCUGUGACAGAGGCAGGAAGUCAGUGCACAUCACGGCUGACGGCAGGAGAUAGACAUAAUUCUACUCUCACCUCACAAGCUUCCAUGGCAACCAGCAGCACUUCCUCAGGUACCAGUGCUGAUCCCAGGAAGCCCAACAAGGAUGUCGUCCAUCAGAUGUUUGUUCCGAACAUAGGCUGGGGCCAGAAGUAUUCAAAUGGUGAGAUUGUGGUGAAUUUCAAUGAUGGGACCCAGCUGGGGAUGAAGUCAAAUGCUACAACCGUCACCUUCAUAGACCAACAGGGCAAGACAUUCAGGUUUUACCAAAACGACCACCUACCUGACUAUGUCAAGUCACGCCUGGAGAAGGUGCCCCAAGUGUUGGAGCAUAUGAGAAAGUCGGCCCAAAUGUCGGUUAUAUCCGCGGCUCAGUCCAGGAGAUAGUAUUAGCAUAGUAGCCAAGUCAGUAGUCUAGGUCACACUAUGUCCAGGUUCAUUACUUACACUAGGGACCUCUAGGCUUGGAGAGAAUAACCUUGGGCAUUUCAGUUGUCAACCAAGUAGCUGUAGGGGAAUGAUGUUAUUGGAGUAUUUGUAGAAAAAGUAUUUAAGAUGUACUGUUUUGACUAUUUAUGUGAGAUUUAUGCUCAUUGUUUCCUCUGACAGCUAUUGAUAGUGCUAUAUUUAUUGUAUGUAUCUAUGGCAUUCCUAUCUCCUGACCCUCAAAACAAGUGGUCUUUGAUUUUGUCUCACACUGAGUGAUAUCCUCCAGUUACUAAACAUUUCUAUUCAGCAGAUACCUUAAAUAACAUCAGUUUGUGGCUCCUAUAUACACUAGCUAUUGAACAUGGGUGGGGUGGGCUAUAGUAUCAAAAGUGUAUGGUUGACAUUAUGGGUGUGGCAAACCCUUUAACCUGGGGUAAUAACAAGGUCCCCCGAACUCUCACAUUUAGUUUGAUCACUGCAAGUUGUAGGCUUAUGGACUUGAAGAUCCUACCGAUGGAUCCCGCAUCUUUUUUCAUAUGCACAUUUGCUUCCCAAUUGUACAAAGUCAAAUCGGUGCUUACUGCCUCAUGUGUCUUACUAGAAAGUGCCAUUUUGUCUGUGUCAGUAUGACUGACUAUGUGAUUGCUGUCGUUACUGUGAGACUUUGUCUGACUGUGGAGAUCUGCCUCUGUGUGACUGCCAUGAUGUGACUGUGUGCGACUGAUGAGAUCUGACUGUAGUUGUGUAUACGCUGUACAUUAGAAACUGUAUCAUAGUGUAUACUAGUGUCCCUUGUUUUGUAUAUAUAGUUGUAUGUAAAUAUGUACAUAGAGAGUCUGUGCUAGUGUGUGCAUCUUCCAUUCCCAUCUUAUCAUGUUAUAGCCUUUGUGACGAGGUGCCGCUGAAAGUGACAAAAGAUUAUCCUUUUACCUAAUGAGUUGAAUAAUUUCAUCACAUCAAGAUCAAUUAAUUUUUAUUUGUCAUGUACUUUUUGGUGUAUUUGCAAGAGGAAUUAGUCAUUAUUUAAUAUCAUUUUUAAAGAAAAACAAAAAAUGUGUAAAGAUUAUUUAUGAAAUAUGUAUGUUUGUGUCAAUUUUAAGUUUUAUAAUUUUAAUCUUUACAAAUGUAAUUUUUAUGAAUUUUUAAUUGUUAUUUGAAUUUAUUGGUCACUUUCAGAGUUUCUGAUAAUUGUUAUUGGUCCAGGAUUGUUGAACAUGCCAGUGUACAGCAUAAACUAGAAAAGUGUUCGAAAGAUCUUUGAAAUCUAUUUUUGGAAUGAUAUUAGAGGUUUCCAUGACAUGAAGUCUUCCUUAUUGCUUUGAGUCAAAUUCUGUUUUUUCAUGAUUAUAUUCAUAGAAGUGUCAGCACCAAAUAUGUUCCUGUUUCUCUUCUAAGUGGAAAAUGUGCAAAGCGAUGCUAACCCUGAACUCCCCCCAUUCACAAGAUAUAUGAAUUUUCUUGUUAUGGUAAUGUUUGACUCAAAACCUCCUUAAGAAUGAAGUAACUAGGAUUUCAUGGUUAACAUUGAUUUGAAGGACUGUGUAUUGUAUGUAGAACCGGGUCACAACACCAACACAAGAGUGUCGGUAACUUCUGGCCACAGUCCUGGACCAACAACAGCUGCUGUUACUCUGUUGUUGUUGAACUUUUAUCUACUGCGGAUGCUUCUACAAUAAACUGUUACAGAAAUA